GGGGCGGGGGGCGGGGUGGGCGCCGUGGCCGCGAUGCUGGGCGUCGUGGAGCUGCUGCUGCUGGGAGCGGCGUGGCUGGCGGGCCCGGCCCGUGGGCAGAACGAAACGGAGCCCAUCGUGUUGGAAGGCAAAUGCCUGGUGGUCUGCGACUCGAACCCGACGUCCGAUCCGACCGGCACGGCUCUGGGCAUCUCGGUGCGCUCCGGCAGCGCCAAGGUGGCUUUCUCGGCCAUCCGAAGCACCAACCAUGAGCCGUCCGAGAUGAGCAAUCGCACCAUGAUCAUCUAUUUCGACCAGGUACUAGUGAACAUCGGGAACAACUUUGAUUCAGAACGCAGCACUUUCAUCGCCCCGCGCAAAGGGAUCUACAGUUUUAACUUCCACGUGGUAAAAGUCUACAACAGACAGACUAUCCAGGUGAGCCUCAUGUUAAACGGGUGGCCGGUGAUUUCAGCAUUUGCUGGUGACCAGGAUGUGACCCGGGAAGCUGCCAGCAAUGGAGUUCUAAUCCAGAUGGAGAAAGGCGACAGAGCAUACCUCAAACUGGAGCGGGGGAACUUGAUGGGGGGCUGGAAGUACUCAACCUUCUCGGGAUUCCUCGUGUUUCCCCUCUGACUGGCUGCUCCCCACCCCAGAGUGGAGGCAGGGAGAGGGCAAAGGCAGGAUGAAGGCAGGAGGAGGGAAGAAAAAGAGGCCAGAAAGCAGCACAGCUUACAGUUUACCUGGUGCCCGACUGUAUCCGGUAAAAGGUGUGCCCUGGGAGGGCAGCUUUGGCCAUUUCCUCUUCAGGCAAAGUCAAUUCUGCUUAGCUCUGCUCACUCCCCUUUCCAAAAAUAAACUCGCCUCCCCCACUACAAUCGCAGUAAUCAAGAGAGACUGCCUUGUCAUUGUUUCUUCGCCCCAUGUUUAUGCUCCCUACAGUUUAUAUAAAAGAAACUCCGUAUUUCACCGUAUAAUGUGAAAUAUCUUCCUCCUCCUCCCACUUUGAAUAGUUCUACUUGCUAAAACUGAAACGCCCCUAUCAGUUUGGAGAGAAGGGGUAAUGGUUUUCUUGUUUGUUUUUCUGUUGGGGGGGGAGGUUAUUUUAAUUUGGCAAGUGUUGCUCUUCUUAAAAUACCAAACAAGGGUUAAUUAGCUGAAGAUACUCCGAGUCUCUUCUGCUGCUCUUUAGCGGAGAAAGAACUCCAUAGUGGUGGUGCCUGGUUUUAAAAUAUAUAUGUAUAAAUAUAUAUCAUUUGUACACGAAGGACUUUUCCUAGUGGAACCUGGCUGUGUUUCCGUAUUUCUGUCCUACUCGGAGUGACCGUGAAAUCUAAGGCUGCUUACUGUCCUGACGCUUGUCAAUGCCCUCGUGUUCUGUGGCUCCACUAAGGGCCGGGAGGUUCUUGGGACACGUCCUUGUCCUCUUGUAACAUACGUGUGAAUAGCCAAGAUUUAAUUUUGCUUUAAUCCAAUAAAGUUGAAGUGGAACUUUUAUUUUUCUGAAACAGCUUUAUAAACACCCUAUCUUCCCGCCAGGCUUCGAGAUUUGGGGACAGGGACAGUAUCAGGAGCCUUGGAGAGUGCGGCCCUGGAGAAAGGCCAGGAGGCAAGGCUUGACCCGUGCGCUGGACAGCUUCUAACUGCGCCAAGCCUAGCUAGGGAAGCCCUGCAUUUGCCUCUUCUCCCUGCUUGGGUACAAAAGGACGAAAUUUGUCUGAAAUCUUGCUAGGUCAGGCGCGGCCCCUGGCCUGGAAUAGAACUACGGGAUUUUUCUCCUCCGCCCCCACCCCCAACCCCCCAAUCCAAAUGCAUCAGGAACUAUCCCAUUUCGAGGAGCCAGAACCAGCCUUCCCAGAGUGGCACACUUUCCAGCCGUCGGCUACCCCAGGAUUUCUCCGACCCUCCCUGGCUCCACAGUCCCUAAGCAAGCAACGUUAUCUUUUAUAUUGCCGCCUCUGAAGCCGGAGUCCGCCAGCCCGUCAAUCCCGGGCUCCGCUCCCCCGGGUCUGCGACCGCGCUCAUUGCCGAACUUUUAUUUCAAGAGGUUCGCCCAGGAGUUUGAUUGUAUCGGAACAUACAUGUGAAAUCAAAACUGAAAUAAACGACUUCGUUUUAA